GAAUUAUCCGUUCGUUGGCGAGUGCACGCAUUAUUUACAAUAAUAAAUUCCACAAUGAUCAGCAUUAAUCAUCAUACAUCGAACUUGUCUUGUGUGGAAAAGAUCGUAUUCUAUAUUGCGUUUAUGCUCUCUACAGAGUGAUGAAGUUCCAAUGGAAAUAGGAAAACUGAAUAUUGUGAGUGAUAUAUUUCUCUGGGCUGGUAUUGCUCAUCGUCACGAUGACGAAAGAAUCACGUGGAACCAGCAGUCCAAUGAAAGGAGGUGUGGAUCCAGAUACACUAAAAGGAAAGAUCCCCGAUUCCAAAAGAGUAUUUCCUUAUGACCCAUCGUCACACACGACAUCGAAAUAUGCCCUUGAACCGGAUACAAGACCGGAGGGCUACAACCAGAAUUCUGCCGAGUCCAGUUUCAACAUGGCACGACGGAAGCUACACACUCUUCUCCUUGGCCUCCUUCUCGGUUCCAUUCUCCUGGGCGUAUCUCUUACGUGUGGCUUGGUCUUUGGAAAGGCCAAUGAACGACCUUUGAUGAAUUCAACAAACGCAUCACAAACGAACUCAGGGAAUUCAACAGUGUACAGCUGAUUGCACGAACUACACAGCAUGCAUGGUAGCAGGCUUUGUGGCGGUCAGUAUAGGAACGUGAAAUUCAUGUCCUUGAGAAGAAUGGAUCAACAAUUCGCCAUCCUUUACACAUGGAAAAGGAUGCCAUGCAGACGUUUGGCUGAAAAAUCCUUCUUCGUUCGUUGCAUGGUUGGCAGUGUGGUCAUUACGAACGUCCAUGUGGCAGUCGGUGUAUCGGGGUUAACGGGUGGCAAUGCAUGGAUAUUUAUAAGGUUGAUCUUUGACGAUCAUGAAGAUUGAAUCUGAUGCAUCUCGACGUUAAGGGCUACAGGUGGUAAGAUGGAUGCCAGCGAUGGCUUUAGAGAGGUACCAUUACCAUCGCGGUGGUUCCAUGACAUUUGCUCCGACGACAAUUGCUCCGAUGGAAAAUCUGCAAGUUAAGUCAGACAUAAACCUUACUUCCAAAACUAACUAUCUAUUACAAUCCUAACUCUAACCCUUUGCCCUCUGAGAUAUUAAGACCGGAGCAAUUGUCGCAGGAGCAAAUGUCGUGUCACCAUCGCGGUCACCCAGAUGGAUUACACCUAUUAUCGGUUCAGUGUGUCAAGAACAAGGUUUCUUUCGAAGCAAUUCAUCAUCAACGAACCCCAUCUUGGGGAGCUAGGGGGAAGAUUUGACUGUUACAUGACCUCGAAAGGUACAAUAGUGGAUAUCCACCAUUACGUCAAGGUUUGCAGAUAGAGAAAGGCUCCUGUUAUAUCAGACGUGCAUUUAAUGCCUGUGACACCGAAAAGUACAACUGCACCCAGGAGUGAACAGUCACCAUUUCAAUUUACCUACCGCCGUCUAGUCAUGCAAGUAAAUUAACAGAAAGGGCCUACUUAAAGGUCAAGUCCUGCCCAGGAAAUGUUGAUUUGAAUACAGAAAAAUCAAACUAGCAUGAUGUUGAAAAAUUCAUCAAAAUCAGAUGUAAAAUAAGAAAGUUAUGACAUUUUAAAGUUUCGCUUAUUUUUCACAAAACAGUUAUAUGCACAACUCAGUGACAGUGACGAUGAUGUCUCCCACUAAUUUUGUCUUUGUUUGAAAUAUACAAUAUAUAUAUAUAUUUUUUUACAGAUUUGACUAGGUCCACCUUUACUGAACCAUAUAUAGUACUAAAAUAAAUGCUAAUUCCACAUGUUCAGGGAGGAAUUUAUCUUUGUUCCAUUUGACAAUGAGGAGAAAAUAAAAAAAAAAGAUUUCAUAUUUCAUAAAAUUCAAUAUAAAAGAAAUCGUGAGUUAAUGACGUCAUCAGUCUCAUCAUUUGCAUACCGACCAGGAUGUACAUAACUGUUUUGUGAAAUUAAGAGAACUUUAAAAACGUCAUAACUUUCUUAUUUUACAUCCGAUUUUGAUGAAAUUUUCAGUGUUAUGCUCGUUGAAUUUUUCUCUUUUAAUUCAAAUUAACUUUUUGUUGGGAUGGACUUGUCCUAUAAGAUAUAGAACGAGAACAUUCCCGAGAACACUAAAUACUUCAAUAGCAUGUGGCUCAGGGUAGUGUUGCCUCGUUCUCGUUUACGAUCCAACGUCAUUUUAUCUGAAUAACGCCAUAAAAAUCAAGACGACGAAGGGAAGUAUCAUUGCCACGUGGGUUUCCAGCUUUUUAUCUCGUAAACCAUGUCAGGCUACGGUAAGGUUGAUUAAAUUAUAAGGAGUUAUCAUUAUACACAUGAAGUCCUUAUUUACUACCAAUUGAAUGACGGGGGUGAGGUGGGGAAAGAUUCCUUUACAUUCGAAUCCAAAUUCAAUUCGAUUUAACUUCCAAACAUAAAAAAAAUAUUGCAAAGAAUAAGUAUAAAGAAUGAUUACAUUAAUGAUAUAAAUGAUUAACAUAAAUCAUAAAGUCAUUUUAAUAAAGGAUAUCUAUAUAGAAUGUAACAAUAUUGAGUAAUCACUCUUAUCUUCUUUUUAAAGUGAAAUGUAUUCGAAAGUAGUAAGAAAUCAACUCAUUGUAAUUUAUUUUAAUAAGCAAAUUUCCUAGAAUAAUUCGACAUUUACCCCCAAAAGUGAUCAGACCUUUGCUCCCACGGCAGUGAAAGCAUGACUUGAUAUGAAGUCACUUAACCAUUAUCAUAUUAUGCUAAGAAGUUUAAAAAGUGAUGCAGAACGGUCUGUUGACACCUCCCCCC